UUUCAAUUUCUUUCUAUCUCUCUUAGUAUCUCUAUUUUUUGUAUAUUUUACUUUUUCACCUUGUUCCAUUUGGGUCCCUUAUCCCCAUUUCAUAUUUCUGCCAAUUCUUUUCUUUUUCCAUCUGCGGAAACUGGGCUAGGUUAAGUAAAAAGAGUUGUUACGUAAUAGUGUAAUAAUGGUAACAAGUAGGCCCUUUGCUACAUACGUUGCCAUCUAAAUGGGCAACUUGAGGCUUAUCAAAGAAAAGGCAACUAACUUUUUCGUGUGAUUCUGUUUUUUUCCGCUUCCUUUUUUACCUACAGCAUUAUUUGGCCUUUGGUUAAAAAUUAUUAAGUAGCGCAAACUUUGGCUCUUUUGUUGGAUAAUCACGGUAGUAAAAUAUGCACUGUUGAAGUUACUGGCCUGUCGUUUUGUUAUCAUUUUUUUCUUUUAUACUUUCGUCUUGCUGGUCCAGUUAACCAGUGCUCUUUUUUGGCUCCUCAGUUGGCAAAUUUACCAUACCGACGAAGAUGGUCAAUCAUACCAACAGGUAACAAAAUUGGCUGCAUUGAAGGGAAAAGAUGAAAGGAUCCCCUGCUUUCCGCCUUACUUCCCUCCAAACACAUUCACUUCGCAUAAAGCUACCACUGGACAUUUGUGCGUUUCCUGUUCCAGACAUUGAAACCUCCUUUGUUCCGCUGGCACAGUUUAUUAUAGCGCCCAUUUCUCAUUGUGGACUUAACCUAUCAUACUUUUGACAACAUCAGCAAGUUGUCUGAGCAGUCCUUACCGUCAUGGCCACAUCCAUGACCCGUGGUGACGGGAUGUCUUCAAUUAUGGCCUCGCUGAUUUGUCUACUCAUUAUGACCUCUCGAGUUCAUACCAUGACCCAUUGGCAUCGUGAAGACAAUCAAAUUUUGGAUGCAGUGGACAAAAGACACUUUACACCAGAUAACAGUCGGUCGAAUGAAGUUUUCAAACGUGCAAGCGUCAAUUCAGUGAACUCCGGCAAUUUGACUGGCAAAUCUACUCGAGCCAGCGCAGACCCCGCCCCCCUCAGCCCGAGCGAAACUCACGACUCCUGCAUAUCCGAGGUGUUUCCCUGUUCCAACUACGUCGGGGGCAACCUAGUGCUGGUUCUCUACUACGGACUGACGUUAGGAUUCGGCGCUAAAUUAAUCAGCGAUGGGGCCGAGAUGUUACUAGAUGUAGGAGUGGCCCCGGCACUGAUAGGCGGUGUGAUUCUCCCGGUUAGUGGGGUGGUUCCAGACAGCAUGAUGAUUCUGGUGAGUGGGCUGGGAUCGAAAGAAGCAGCCCAGCAGCAGAUAUCGGUCGGAAUGGGGACCCUAGCAGGUUCCACGAUUCUGCUGUUGACGUUGGCUUGGUCUGCCAGUCUUGUGGUAGGGAGGGUGGACCUGGUUCAGGCACCCACUUGUUUUGGACUGGUUGCUAGUCCAGACGCACGCUGCUCCAAGGGACUCAGACCCUACACACAAGGCGUUGAAGUGAGUAAAGAAGUGACAAUCAGUGCAUUUGUGAUGCUGGUGACAAUGUUGCCCUACUUCAUCAUCCAGAGUGCAGACUGGUAUUUCGGACCCAAACUCCCCUCCCCCUCCUCCCCUCCCGAACAACAGCCCCACUAUGUCUCUGCUGCUGCACUCAUCACUUUUAUCUUUUCCAUCACAGGGUUCGUGCUGUACCUGGCGAUGCAGUGGCGCAUGUCACAGGAGGGAUCCAAUGUGAGGAUGACUGUACAUGCGAAGGAGAAAGAACACCAGAUGCUGCUCAAGGCAGCCAAAGCAUUCUACAUGGCCAACCUACUCAGAGGUCCAACAGGAGCUCCAGGAUACCCCUUUUCUGGAGGAGGGAAGACGGGUGGAGCUUGGGGCUCGAAUGGGGGUGGGCAGCAACAUCAGUCGCAAUAUGGAUACACUCAAUUACAGGACAAUCCAGAUUACAGAGAACACAUGUUAGAGAAAAAAUACUUUGCGACGUGGCGCAUCCACGCCAGAGUGCGCAAACACCACCGGGACAACAUGGGGGAUAUUGAGUCUUCCGAUGGGGGUGGGGGACACUACGGCGCAAUUGAGGGGGGAGGGGAGCAGCAGGGGGAGGGGAUAGAGAUGCACAAGAUGCAGAAUGGGUCUGUGGGAGGAGAUGCACAGAAGAAAGAGAAGACGGAAGGGGAGAGGGAGGGAGAGGGAACAUCGAGUGAGAAGGAAUCAAGAAGUUUGGUCAUGUUCAAGUCACUAGCUCUGCUCACGACAGGCGUCGGUCUGGUGACUGUGUUCAGUGACCCGAUGUGUGACACUCUGAGCAGACUGACUGACCCUAAGUUGAGACAGCACCUGCCCAUUUCCCCCUUCUACGUCUCAUUCGUGGUCACGCCCCUCUGCAGUAACGCCUCCGAGCUCAUCUCCUCCAUCUCAUUCGCCAUGAAGAAAGAAAAGGACAACCUAGUGCUGACGUACACGCAACUGUACUCUGCGGCCAUCAUGAACAACACACUGUGUCUCGGAGUGUUCUGUGGUCUGGUGUUCUUCCGAGGACUGCAGUGGCACUUCUCAGCCGAAGUAACUGCCAUCCUGGCAGUGGAGGCUGCCAUGGGUGUAGUGGCCCUGAAGUACAGGAGGGUAUAUCAGCUGUGGCUCAGUGUCCCUGUUGCAAUCAUUUACUUCCUGUCUCUUGUACUGGUCGCAUUUCUGGAAGGAGUGCUACACUGGGGAUAAUUAUAAUAAAAACAUACCUCCUCCACCCCCGACCGAUAUUUUAGAAAAAGUAUGACGUGAACAACUCCUCCCUUCUGCCACCGCUAUAACAUCGCGCAUCACGCUUCAUCAGUGAACGAUUUAGAGAUAACACGGAGAGGAAGACUGACACCUCACCUUAAUUUAUAUUGAGUUUUAAGCUUCAUAACUGUCUACGAAGAAAAUGACAAAACCGAAAUGUUCCUGCCCCUUAGUCUAGACAUGCCCACUAUCGUUUAGUAAGCGGCCAGAGGUCAAAAUAAAAAACUUUUAUUAUAGGAUACACACCACUUUCUAUCCAAUUGCCUUAGCUCUUAUAGUAACCUCCAAAAAUAUCAAAAAAAAAUUCAGUUAAUGUGAAAUUUAAGCAAAACUUUUAAAAUGGGUUGGGUUUUACAGAGCCAAUUUAACCAAAUGAUAGCUGAGCGCAAUCGCUUAAUUUAAAUCAUUUGUAAUUUGAAUGCAAAGGCCGCGCAUGACAAUGAUUAUAUAAAAAUAUUGAGCAAUUUUUUACUUCAUUCUAAAUCAAGCAAUUUAAUCAUCGAAUUUCAAUCGCAUAUUUUAAUAAAGUAGUUAACAAAUUGGAGCUAAACUCUUUAUUCAUUUAAACCAACACUUUUCAACAAUUUAUUCGGUUUCAAUCUGGUGAAUCUGGAUACAUAUUAAAAUAUUCUGCUAUUUCAUAAUUGAUAUUUUCAGCAUUUCA